AUGUUUCCACUUUUAAACGACGCUGCUAUCGAAGAGAUGCUUUAUGACUCUGGGGACGAGGGCGAUGACAACGACGAAAUCGAUACGGACUACUUUAUUGAAGAAAACCCCGAACAUUCAAGUUCCUCUUCUUCUGAUGAAGGCGAAGAAAAUGAUGACGAUAACAUACCUUUGAGUAUGCUAGCAGGAUGGCAGAAGAAGCCCUUCAAUGGCAAACCUCUUCCAGAAGAUGCUGUUCGUGACCCAGGAGAUAUUAAAACCCCAUACGAAUAUUUCGAGCGCUAUUUUACUGACGAGCUCAUGGAACAGAUGGCUUUGACCACAAAUCAAUAUUAUAUGGCCAAUACUGGUAUACAAAUGAAACCUGUUUGUUCUUUACUAGAUAUAAAGAAGUUUUUCGGAAUACAUGCCAUUGUUGGGUGUAUAAAAUUUCCAAGACUGAAGAUGAUUUGGAACGAAAAAUACAGGUACGACCCGAUUGCAAAUGCAAUGUCUAUGGAACGGUUUUUCCUUCUCAGGACAAACUUGCAUUGUGUAGACGUGACAGCGGUGAAUCAGACUGAGGAACAAACCAAAAAUAGAUUAUGGAGGGUGCAGCCUGUCAUUGAUGCCGUCCGAAAAAGGUGCCUGCAGUUGCCAAGAGAUGCUGGUAACUAUUCAAUCGAUGAACAAAUGAUACCUUUUGAAGGUUGA